AUGGAUCAGUGUCCACCCCAGGCUGAGGUGACACAGAUGCCCAUUGCCAUGCAUGUUUUCUUGGAGAAGCAGCCUUCUGAGGAGCGGAGAGUCAAGGUUGCAGGCAGCAGGACCAGCGAGUACCUCAUAGCAGGCACUGUCUUAGAACAGACAGGGGUCCGGGAUGGGACGACCUCCAUGGCCCUCCCAGGGGGACCCAGCGAGCACAGCUCCAGCCCUGAGUUCAUAGAGGCAAUGCCGAGGCCAGAUGCCAACCUGGGCUCAGCCCUGACCCGGAAACCAGAGGACAGAGGAAGUGUCCCCACCAAGACGGUGUUGGCUGUGCUGGGGCUGCACGGGGUGGGUCUGUCCCCGGCCUCGAUGACAGUGGGGCCCCUGCUGUCCUCCACGGGGCCACUGCUCACCUUGCCCCGGGUGCUGGAAGAAGCUAGGCCUGGCCACACUGCAGGCGGCUUCACCCGCUGCCUGGAAGAGCGGGCCGCAACUAGUGGCCCCGUUCCUGGAAGCGGCUCUGGGCAGCGGCGCUCCUCAAAGCAGUCGGGGGAGGGAGGAUUGAGGCUGAACCUGGAGAAGAGGCCGCACUUCGGCAGCGACUUCACAACGCGUGGCCCGCUACCGGCUGCCGGUGAGGCGCGGGAAGGGAGCUGCAGGCGCCCGGGCUCAGAGCACCCAGACGGCGCCACACGUGCGCGCCUGCACCCUGCCCGGGAUGCGCGCCCUCCGAGCUGCCUUGGCACUGUCGCUCCUGGGGACGCUCCAAGCCUUCCCGCAGCGUUCCCGGGCGGGAAGCUGACUGAGGCUCGUGAGGCCCCUAAGCCGAGGCUGCUGACGUGGAUUCACUCGGCCCACGUUCGUGGAACUGAGGGCAAGAGAAAACGGAGAGGGCCGUUCAUCCCGUCCGCAGGGUCAGUGUCAGCAAAGCCAUGUCCUCAGGGGCCAUCCGACUGCAGGAAGAAGCAGUGUCUGCCGGAGCACUACAUAGACGAGAGCGGCUACUGCACGGCCUGUGUGAGCUGUAGAGACGACCUCGUGGAGAAGGCCCCGUGCUCCUGGAACUCCUCCCGCGUGUGCGAGUGCCGGCCCGGCAUGGUCUGUGCCAUCUCAGCCACCAACUCCUGUGCCCGCUGUGUCACCCGCCCCACCUGCGCACCAGGGACGGUCCCCGGACUGCAGGAUUGUGUUCCUGGGGACCCCACCUUCGAGGCACCUCCUCUGGAGACCCAUCCUGAUUGCAGCCCCCCAGUGGGCAGCGAGGCUCCUGCCAGCACGGACCCCACCCUGAGCCCCCUGGUGGGCUCCCCAACCAACCACAGGCUGCCUGUCUCCACCAGCGCCCCCGUCUCCCUCUCCUCCACAGGGAAGCCCAUUCUGGACCCAGGACCUGUUGUCUUCUGGGUGAUCGUGGUGCUGGCGGUGGUGCUGGGCUCCGGCUCCUUCCUCCUGUGCUACCGAAGGGCCUGCCGGGCACGGAUUGGCCAGAAGCUGCACCUGUGCUACCCGACCCAGACCUUCCGGCCCAAGGUGGAGCCUGCGGAUUCCAGACCCAGGAGGAACCUGCUAAGGGCCAGGAGUGACGUGUUGGGGACGGAGGCAGAUACAGGAGUGCUGAGUGUGACGAGCCCCCAGCUUGUGGAGACCUGUGCCAGUGUGGGGGCGGCCUGCCCCGAGAGCGUGCUGCUGCUAGGUGCUAGCCCUGCCGGGGAUGAGGCGGCCUCCCGGGAUCCCCCUGAGUCCCGGGUGUCCACGGAGCACACCAACAACCGCAUUGAGAAAAUCUACAUCAUGAAAGCUGACACGGUGAUCGUGGGGAGCGUGAAGACAGAGGUGCCUGAGGGCCGCGUGGCAGGGCUGGCAGGGCCCGAGCUGGAGGCGGAGCUGGAGGUGGACCAAGCCCCCCGCUACCCCGAGCAGGAGACGGAGCCACCCCUGGGCAACUGUGGGGACCUCAUGUUCUCUGUGGAAGAGGAAGGAAAGGAGGACCCCUGGCCCUCUGGGAAGUGAGGCUCGGUCUGGGCUGGGCAGGGAAGGUGGCCAAGGUUCUCGGGGGCACCAGCUGGCACCAGGGAUGCUGGUGGACAGAGGCCUGUAUGGCUCAGAUUGAGGACCUGGCUUCCCACAGGACACCGGGAUGGGCACCCUGCCUCCUGUGGCUGCCAAAAGUGCCAGCCCCUGACCUGACCCAGACACUCACUGCUGGGGCCAGUGCCCGCCGAAAGAGGGGACACAAAGCCAGUCCUAUGUACCCCUGUGCCCUCUCUCCCUGGGCCUCAGCAGUAUGCCCAUUGGGCCUUGUUGGCACACUGCCAGCCCAGUUACAGUGAAGCUGGCUCCAGUGGGCCCUAUGCCAGCGCUUGUGGUUUUCUCCUGAGUCAGAAGGGAAGUCGAGGGAUGGCGUGGUGGCAGCAGAGCCAGUACCAUCUGAGCUGUACCUGUCACAUUAUUCUCUGUGCUGGGCCUGCUUGGGCUCAGUGGGACCUAUGUGCACCUGUUCUACUGCCCCAGAUGGGCCCAGGACCCUUGCAUGUAGCUCAGAAUGUCUCAGCAGUCCCCAAGGCGGGAGCAUUUGGAGACCCAGGUGCCUGUAGGCCCUCCGCAGCCACAGCGCCCAGCCCCGGCUGGAGACCCAGCCCCGGCUGGAGACCCUGUCCAGCUAGUUGCUGCAGAGAACAGCCUGCCCACUUUGCCUAGGGACUUCCUUCUGGCGAGGAGCAGGGACAGCAAUCCAUCAUGGAGUCCCCGACUGCUCUGUGGCCUUCCUGCUCAGUCUUGGGAAUGAAGGGCAUCUGUCUUACAUCUUCAACGCUUGUGACACCCCUCUCCCAGCCCUGUCAUCUGACCCAUGCUACUGUGUCAGGUGUGGGCCCCAGAAAGACCCUCACACAACAUCUGGCCUCACUCUGCACCCAAAGGAGAGAGGAUUUGGUGGUUGCAGCCGGAUUUCAGGUGCCCCGUCGUAUACCUGAAGGAGUGGAGCCACUCUGACUCGCAGCCUGCGCCUGCUCUUUGGGCCUCUGACAAACAAGUGUUGAUGACACAUCUGUGGGUCAGCUGCGGGGACUCCUGGACUUACCAGUAGGCUGGAGGGCUGUGUUUACUCACCAGCGAUUACUCUCUGGAGGAAGUUGAGGCUGCUUCAGGAGUCAGAAGGUACUCUGUGAAACCACUCUGUUGUUUUGGGGAAAGUUGGAGCGGCUGGACCACUGAGAGAGGUGGUCACACAUCAGGACCUGGACACCGGCCAGGAGGACUCUGAGUGUUUGUCAUUGUCUCUGACCAGAGUGGAGCCGGUGUGCCUAGC